AUGGUUGAUUCUGUGACAGACAAAGCUCGCAUGCUGGCCGACGAGGCGGGUUUCUAUAGAUUCGCCCUACCCCGUGCUUACGGAGGACAGUCCCACCCCAAUACGAACCUGUGGAUGUCGGUUAUUCGCUAUCACCUGUCAUCUCAUGCGAUAUAUGGUGGGGGUCUGGGACUGGCGAAUGACCUGCAAAACGAACAUAGUGUAGUGGGCAACUUUCCGGAUAUUUUGAUGCUCCACCAUUUUGGUACUGCGGAACAAAAGCAGACCCUCAUUGAGGCACGCCUCCGGGGGGAGUUUAGAACGACGUUCGGACUCACAGAGCCGGGCCAUGGGAGUGAUGCCACGUUCCUGUCCACCACCGCGCGCCGCGCUCGCGACGGGUUUCAAAUCACCGGGGCGAAGAAGUGGCAGACAGGAGCGCAUCAUUGUACCCACUUUCUCAUUUUCGCGCGAACGUCGGGCUCCCCGGGCUCAACCCGCGGAAUCACCGCGUUCCUGGUCCCUCGUGCGACCCGGGGAGUUCGUAUUGCCAGUUAUGAGUGGACGCUUAAUAUGCCGACCGACCAUGCGACCGUGGAGUUGGACGGAGCAUGGGUGCCUGCAUCGGCGGUCUUAGGACGUGUCGACGCCGGUCUCGACAUCGCGCAGACCUUCCUCCAUGAAAAUCGUAUUCGACAGGCCGCCAGCUCCUGUGGGGCGGCUCAGUAUUGCCUGGACCGCAGCAUUGAACGCGCCCGAGCACGGCAGAUUUGGGGUGAGGGCAAGACGUUAGCGGACCACCAGGCGAUACAGUUCCCGGUGGUGGAAUUGAUGACCCAGGUGAAGAUGUUGCAACUGUUCAUCUUCAAGACCAGUUGGGAGAUGGAUCGCAUUAUGGCUGACCCUCAGCUCGAUGGGCCCCCGUGGGUUGCAAUUGAACGUCGACUGGGCGAUCAAGUCGCCAUGUGUAACUUUUGGGCAAAUCGGUUAUGCUGUCAAGCUGCUGAUCGCGCGAUUCAAGUAGGGUUUCUCCUUUCGCCUUCUGUUUUGGCUGUUGACACAGCACUAACCUGA